UUCACCACUCAUUUCCCACGAACACACUCUCUCUACGCACUGGCUCUGCUCCAGAUGGCUCCAGAGAGGGACAUUCAUGUUUUCGCGUCAACCACCGUAGCUCUCCAACACGCUUGGCACACGGAAGAGGCUUCACUUGGUUGCAAUCCCCUCCCCUCACUGCAGGAUACCGCUGGAUCCUACACACUGGACCUUUAAGAUUUUCCACUUUGCAGGAAACCAAGUUGUAGCUGGAGCAGCGGUCAAAGAUCAAGGAAAAAUGAGGAACAACAAAAAUGUGUUGCGUUGUUGUUUAUAGACAAAGUGUAAAAGAAGAAGUGGAUUACACAUCAGUUUCACACUGAUAAAAACACAUUCUCUAUCACCAUUAUUGUCACUCUCCAGUCAGUGGUGAAAACAUGGCACAAUCUGAGAUCACUAUGGACUACGUAAAUCUAUCUGAUGGAUCAGCCAGGAGCAACGCCCUGGGGAGGACUGCUGCAGUGUCUGGGAGAAAUCUCGUACAUCUGGUUGCUGUGAGCUUCGGACUCCUGUGUGUCCUACAAGCUGCUCUCAACAUUUCCCUGCAUCUCGCUCUCUACAAUAAGACACCAGAUAUAGAGGCCAGCUGCACAAACCUGACUGACGAGCUGAAGAGAGAACUGAUUAACUUUGAUCAGUAUUUCCAACAAGGCUGGGUGCAUUUCCGUCCCAGUCUCUAUUACAUUUCUUCUGUCAGAAAGUCCUGGCAAGAAAGCAGAGCUGACUGUCUGCAGAGAGGUGCAGACCUGGUGAUCAUCAACAGCAAAGAAGAGCAGGAUUUCACAAGAAAAUUCCACAAGCAGACAUGGAUCGGACUGAUGUUUAAAGGGACGUGGAAAUGGGUGGAUGGCACUCCGCUCACCAAAAGCUACUGGGCUCCUGGGGAGCCAAACGGGUUUGAAGGCAGAAAUGAAGACUGUGUUGAAAUAAAGUUCCAUGAACUGGAUAACAGCUGGAAUGAUAUACAAUGUGGAGACCAAAACUUCUGGAUCUGUGAAAAGAAGAUAGCUUCAUAACUCAGCUUAUAAAACCCUGAAAAGAUGAAAUUCACUUCAUGUUUAAUCUGAAUGCACAAAUUAAUUUAUUCAUUCAUUCAACCUUUAUUUAAAUCGUAAGGAAUCAUUGAGGGCAUGUCCUCAUUUACAAUGAUGUCGAGAGUACAAUAAAUAAGGGAUAAUGUACAGCGAGCCGGUCACUGUUGUGAAAGAAUCCCUGACAGGGUGACGCAGCACCCUGACGCGGAGCGGAGUGUCUCAUCGCCCUGAAGGGGAUUCUUUCAUAACAAUGACCUGCUAGCUGUACAUUAUCCCGCUUAUUACACGGCUACUUACUGAAGAAAUAAAAAAUUUGACACAAAAACGGUCCACCAGAGUCCGAC